ACUAAUGUUCCAUUGAGGCCCUGGACGUCAUGGGUAGCACAUCCAGCUGCGAGUACUCCUGGAGGGACGCCGUCGGAGGGGAGCUGCAGUCGGUUGAAUGCGUGGAGACGCUACUGGUUGGGCCGCGCUACGCCGCUGCCUCCCAGGCCCUGAAUGUGACGUUGCGGUCCCAGCUCUUCCUCACGGCCACCACGAGCUUCAACCCAGCCGUCUAUGACUACCUCGAGGAAGCCACCGUAUCGACAGAUUUGGCAUUCCAGACCAUCCCCUAUCAAGAUGAAGGCUUGGAUGUGGACGCUCUGAUGAGGGAGGCGUGCGCGUCCGAGGGCAGAGGACGGCUGACGGGGAGCCUCCUGCAGAAAAUGUCGCAGCUGGUGCACGCCCUGGCCCGCGGCCCCGCGCCCACGCCCGACCUCAGCUACGCUUGCCCCAUUACUGUCCGGCGCAUGCUGGCGAUCACGACGGCGAUGGCGGGAGGGCCUCGUACGCUGCGCUUCUUCGCCAGCCAGCUGUCGGAACUUGCGAAGAAGCCCGAAGACUCCAUCAAGUUGGGUGAAGACUUCAUGUUCAGUUUAGCCUUAAAGACCCUCGUGCGACCUGACCAUCACACCCAAGACCAGCUCCUGCCUGCCUUGUUUCUCAGCAGGGAGUAUGAAAUGAUUUACGAAGAGCUGUUGGAAUACCUGUUGUCCCAAACUCCUGUGGCGGUAGCGGAGGUGGCGGAGCUUCUCGAGGGGCUGCAGAAGGUGGCGCCGCAGCUCUUUGAGAGGCUUUUGACGAAGGCGGCGCCCUCCCUCUCACCAGCAGAGGCCUGUGAGGCCGGCGACCACGCAGAGGCAGUGAGGUUGCUUCGGGGAGUAAGCGGUCUGACCGCCCGCCCGCGCGGCUACGUCGCAUCCCUCCGCCCAUGUUUUGCCACCGAUGAUGUGGGUGUAGCAGUUGCUGCCAUGGACACACUCACUAAUGUUGACUGUAACAUCCAGGGCGUGACCGAACUGCAAAAGCUCGGCCUCGACAGUUCUUCCGAUCCCGAGAUACGCAUCGCAGCUUAUCGGGGCCUCGUGCACUGCCUUCCCGAGCAGCCCUCGCUCCUCGAGACCGUCGCCAAGGCGCUCGACCCCAAGCAUGACAUUUACUCGACGCAGGUCUCUUCGUACGUCUGGAGUCACAUUCAGUCUGUACUUUCUUCGGACGACCCGCGCUACGUGGCGCUGCGGGAGCUCUUCCUCUCUGCACCAGCUGUUAUGAGGAGCGACGACCCCGUGUGGUACGACCCCCGACAACACUCUCGCCACUUUGCCCACACGCUGCACCUGGACUCACGCACCGCCCUUACCCUCGAGGGGGACCUGGUGUGGGGGCGCUACUCCCCUGCUCCCCGCGCCCUCUACCUGCACUUGGUGCUUCACCACGACGGAAUUACACACCAGAUCGCGCAGGUGGUUCUACGAGUGACAGGAGUGGAAGCGAUGCUGCUGAGCCUGCCCGGGAUGGAGAGCAUCCUGGGGGCAGCAUCCCAUGCCCUGAAUCAGGCUUGGGCAGCCAUAUAUAGCCUCGUGGAAGAUUCCAUCAAGAACAAGAGAGAAGUCACACAGGAUCAAAUAGCUGAGUUCAUCCAACAGCAGGUGCUGUCCCGAAUACCUGCGGAGUAUCGGGCCGGGAUGUCUAGCAUCGAAGUGUCACUUCGGAUGUUGGGAACGCAUGCCUUCCACGCUCGGCUCGCUGACCUCCACAGGAUGUCCUUGCGGGAUGCGCUGGCUCACUUUUUGCAGUCUCCUAUACAAACUGCUUUGAGUGAUCUGGCACCGCUUCUUGACAACACCUUCACCAUGGCCACCGUCUCGGGCGUCCCCAUCAUGCUCGGGCUGAGCGGGGUGGGCGGCUUGCAGGCCAUGCUCAUCCACUACGCGGGAGGCGAAGGCGGUCUGCUCGAGACUUCGCUCAGUGCUGGACUGGCCAUGAGUGCGAAGGUGGACAUAGGCCACGGUCGCCCCCCGGCCCUCACCAGCAACUACCUCUGGUCCCUCGACCUCCCUUUGAGCGCCAGCUACAACUACAGGGAGUCAGGAAUGAGGGUAAGUCUCCGCUUGCCCCAAGACUGGACAGGCCGUGUGUGGCAAGACCAGCGCGACACAGCGGUAGGCAACAGACGCCUACAGCUGAGAGUUACACAGGAAUGCCUAGGAUCAGAAGAUGCUGUGCAAGUUUGUAUGGAUUCCUGGGCGAGCGACGAGCCCAGUCUUGGCUUCAUCGGCGUGCUGGAGAAGAGGUGGCUGGUUCCUCAUGUCCGCACCUACAAUUUGCAGAUGGCUGCGCCUGGAGACCCAGUCAUCAUCACCAUCACUGACCCUGAAGUUCCCGGAACAAACAUGCGUCUGGUGGAGGUAGAGGUUGGGAGCCGGAGUUUCGAGGCCUCCGUGGUGUUCCAGCUGCUGCCGUCGCCGUCCUUCGUGCUCAGCUUCAAGUCGCCCGAGCAUUCCUACUUCGUGAAAGGCUUCGCGGGCUCGAGGGAGAGCGUGACGCAGAUGGCGAGCGUGGAGUUCGGGCAGGACCGUUCGCGUUACGGAGUCCGCCUGCAGAUGUCGACGCCGAAGCUGGACGACCGCCUCGUGUGGAGUCCGUCUGCUUUCCUUCUGACGCCAGAGAGCGGGGAGGCGGAGGUGGUGCGGGCGUUCCUCUCUCUCAAAGAGCAAGCGGACGGCUUUGCGACGGAGUUCAGCUUCAGCACUUCGGGCGCCGCCGCUGACUAUGUGAACCUCAAAAUUUCCGGUGAAGUGGCGGGACGAACAGGCGGCGAAAAGAAGUCUCUGCAGCUGCUGGAGGCCAAGUCGGUGAGGGUGACCUGGCUGGACAGACUUGACGUCGAGUUCUCCGGGCAAGUCUUCCCGGCCCAAGAUCCCCAUGGAGAAGGCUUUCUCAAGGUCGGAUGGGGUCGAGAUGACGGCCAGGUCGAAUUUCGUGUGUCGUUGACACCGGUGGUGACUUUCGACCCUCCGCCCGAGGGCGACGGACCUCGCGGGGCGGGCGGCGUGGCGUUCAAGGUGGCCCUUGCGGCGGCGAGCAAGGUGGAGCUCGAGGCAGCAGACGCGUCCUUCGAUCUCAUUCUGGACACUCGUCGAGUAGACGUUAAGCUGAAUGUUGGCGUCGCCGGCGUCGGAGCCUUCAACUUCUCACACUCGUACAGCGGCCUCCGCGACGUCAGAACCAUCUCCACGGUCUCCUACGCGCCGUUGGACAUCGCCUGGGGGGUGGAGCAUGAGCUGUACGCGCAAGCAAACGAGCUCCGCCAUUCGCUAAACGUGACGUGGUCGCCCCGCGCAGAAGAUCAGCUGUCUUCCGUUAUCCAUUAUGUCAACAACAACGUGCUCAGGGACCUCGACGUGUCUCUCUAUGUUCUGGUGGCAUAUCCAGGCCAGGUCAUUGAAGUGGAUGAGAUGCUGUCACGGGCGCAUGGCGGCAGCUACAAGAACAAGCUGAGGCUGCAUUUCGAGCCCGGCCGGACCAUCAGCAUGGACACGGUCGUCAUUUCCCGCAGCGACCUAGGCGUGAUCUCAUAUGGCCUAUCCAAUACCUUUAAACUUGACACCUGGAUCAGUCCUCUUAGUGUUGUGGGAACCUUGAAUUGUAUUGGGAAAGCCCGGUGCACGCUGGCCAUGACAGCAGAGCAGGCAGGAGACCAGCUGGCUGAUGUUGAACUGCAGCACACCGCCGCCACGGGGGUUUCCAGGACUGAGGCCAAAUUCCUCGUCACGCGUUGGGUGGAUGGAUCGGUGUCCCUGGAUUCCGACUCUAAGCUGGGGUACUAUGACCUCAAGUGGCAUGUGGUGGCCAUUCCUUUGGCUCGCCUGCUGCAGGGGCACGCGAAGGUGGACCUGUCCUGGCCUGACAUCGCGGCUGCAGAGAUGAUUGUGGCGAAGAUAGAGGGAGACAACGUGGGCGAAGUUACGCAUCUGUACAACGGAACUUUCACGUUAAAUCCAAUAACACGUUCAGUCCACACAAGGCAGGAGGUCCGGUUAGUAUCGGGGGGUGUAAGUGACCUGUGGGUGGCAGUGCUGCAAGGACGGGCAGGAGACCAACUUAUCAACAGAAGACACUUUGGAAAGGCAACACUCAUGACUCCUUCUGGCAUGUUCUAUACGGCGAACGGAGACGUGAGCUCCGAGGUGCGCAGCCUGGAGUCGGUGGUUGCGGGCGUGAGCCUGUCUGCGGGCGUAGGCCAAGCCGCCUCCUACCUCCUCACCUGGACCCUUAGUCUCCAACAGCCAGACCCUAAUAUUCGCUACAGCAUAUCGGAUGCAGGACUCGAGAGUGACCUGCAAGAGGCGCCCCUCCUGACCCUCGAGUCGCUCCUGAGGACCAACAGUCCCUCCACGGGUGAAGUCAAACUCAAUGUCAAAAGCAAGAAGACGCGCCACUCCGUCCCCGGCGGAAGCUUCGAAGAUGACGAGGAAGGCGAGAAGAUCGACGUCGAUAUUCGCCUGAUCACUGAAGCCGUGCCUGAGCUAGGUCGGAUCCACGGCAGCCUCACCAGAUCCUCGGAGACGUACUCUCUCAACGGCCGAGUGUGGUCGGGUGCGCAGUCGCUUGCCGUGGUGUCCUAUGGCGUCGCAAACAACGAGACUGUCAAGAGCUCUCACACCGUCACCAUAGUUGCCCCUGCGCUGCCUUGGAGCAGGGCGGAGCUCAUGGUUGAAGCGGAUCACCUGGGGACUUUGCCCUUCAACUUCCAGGUACAAAAGACUCAAAAGUCACAGGCGUAUCACACAGAGCUCCAAGUUGUGGCUGGAGCUGAAAGCCAGAUGGUUUCGCGCCGACUCUGCGCUUUUUGACUAAGACUGUUUUCGCCUCCGCGAAUUUC